UCGCAUUUUCUUUCAACCAAUCAUCCCAUAAACUAAACUAAUAACUCCUUUUUCUCUUUUCCUUCUCUCAUUUUUUCCUUACACUCAUUCUCCAUUUUUCUAUUUUUCUAUUUUCUAUUUCGAAACUUAACCGGAGAGAAAUGGACGUUCACCGGCGAAAUGUAAACGCCGUCGUCCGUUCUGACCCCUCCGGCGAAUCUUCCAAAAUGAAGAUUCAAAAGCAGGAUUCACAGUCACAAUCACUCUACUUAACAAACGCGGUUUUCUUCGGCCUUUUCUUCUCCGUCGCGUAUUUUCUUCUUCACCGGUGGCGUGAGAAGAUCCGAACCUCUACACCUCUCCACGUCCUCACGCUCUCCGAGGUUGUUGCUGUUAUUUCCCUCAUCGCUUCCGUUAUCUACCUUAUGGCUUUCUUCGGCAUUGGUUUCAUCCUUCAUCCUUUCGCCGCUUCUCGCGCGGUUCAUUACGAUGAAGAAGAUGAAUCCGACAUUCCAAAAAACGUAGGCACAUGCCUAGUCGGUGUUGCACCGGAGCUACCUUCACUGCCACAAAAAAUCUCCAAAGAGAAAGUUGCGCCUCCGCCGGCUCAACUUUCCCUGGAGGACGAGGAUAUUGUCCAAGCGGUGGUGUCAGGUUCCAUUCCUUCUUACUCGCUGGAAUCGAAACUCGGAGAUUGCCGGCGUGCGGCGGCGAUUCGACACGAAGCGGUGCAAAGAGUUACCGGAAAAUCACUAGAGGGUUUACCAAUGGAAGGUUUUGAUUACGAUUCUAUAUUAGGACAGUGCUGUGAGAUGCCGAUAGGGUUUAUUCAAAUUCCGGUGGGAGUUGCCGGUCCUUUGUUGCUCGACGGUAACGAGUUUACUGUUCCGAUGGCAACUACCGAAGGUUGUUUGGUUGCAAGCACUAACAGAGGCUGUAAAGCUAUUAACCUUUCCGGUGGUGCUUCCGCCGUAGUCCUCCGUGACGGCAUGACUAGAGCCCCCGUCGUAAGAUUCAACUCAGCCAAAAGAGCUUCUCAGUUAAAGUUCUUUUUAGAAGAUCCUCAAAAUUUUGAUUCCCUCGCUGUUACCUUCAACAAGUCUAGUAGGUUUGCGAGAUUACAGAAUAUUAAAGCUACUAUAGCAGGAAAGAAUUUAUAUAUUAGAUUCACUUGUUCCACUGGUGAUGCUAUGGGGAUGAACAUGGUAUCAAAAGGUGUACAAAACGUGCUUGAUUUUCUUCAAACCGAUUUUCCUGAUAUGGAUGUUAUUGGUAUAUCAGGAAACUUUUGUUCGGACAAGAAAGCUGCGGCAGUGAAUUGGAUUGAAGGGCGUGGAAAAUCUGUAGUGUGUGAGGCUGUAAUUAAGGAAGAGGUGGUGAAGAAAGUGUUGAAGACUAGUGUGGAAGCUUUGGUUGAGCUCAACAUGCUAAAGAACCUUACUGGUUCUGCUAUGGCUGGUGCUCUUGGUGGGUUUAAUGCACAUGCUAGUAAUAUUGUUUCUGCUAUUUACUUGGCUACUGGUCAGGAUCCUGCUCAGAAUGUUGAGAGUUCUCAUUGUAUUACCAUGAUGGAAGCUGUGAAUGAUGGGAAGGAUCUUCAUAUCUCUGUCACUAUGCCUUCCAUUGAGGUGGGCACUGUUGGAGGGGGCACACAGCUUGCAUCUCAAUCAGCUUGUCUAAAUUUACUUGGUGUUAAGGGUGCUAGUAAAGAGUCUCCGGGAUCAAAUUCUAGGCAACUGGCAACUAUAGUAGCUGGUUCAGUCCUUGCCGGAGAGCUUUCACUCAUGUCUGCAAUUGCAGCUGGUCAGCUUGUUAAAAGCCACAUGAAAUACAACAGAUCUAGUAGAGAUGUUACCAAAAUUGCUUCAUGAGCUGGCCAUAUCACAAUACCACAACUGUGAGAUAAACUUGCAUGCAUCAUCUAGAAUAAUAAAGGAAAAUGAAUUCCAAUGUAUAAAUUAUUUUCAAAAGGGCAUUAAUUGGUGGUGGAUGGUGGGGAUAUGGCCUGCAAACUAGAUUUUAUAAAUAUAUGGUCCACGUGGGGAUGAUAUAUUUCUGAAGUUGUACAGAAGGAAUUAAAUAAGACUUAGUUUAAUUCCUUGUUUUUUUAAAAAAAAAUAAUCAUUAGUGUUGUACUUGUCUUGAGUUCUCAUCUGAACUUCAAAGAUGUGGUACAAUUUUAGUCUGUGUUUUUGUCUGUAUUCUUAAUUGUGUUGUAAUCUCCAUUACUUAGUUAUGAAUUUGUAAUUUUUAAAUGAUAAACAUCUAUUUGAAUGAGAACUGAAGUUUUGAAAAUAAA